AUGAUCCAGGACACUCUCAAAAACAAAAACUUGUUCAGAACCCAGGGCUACAUCAAUGGUCAAUGGGUCUCGUCUGAUCUGACGUUGGAUGUCUACGACCCGGGGUUGGUGCCUAAGCCAGAGGCCAAGAUCGCACUGGUGAGCUCUUUUGCAACCAGUGACUACGACAAGGCCAUUGAACAUGCCCACGAGGCGUUCAAGCUGUUUAGAAAGACCAGCGGCAGAGAAAGGGCCUCGUUGUUGUCGAAAAUGCACAAGUUGAUGAUGGAUAACCAGGACGACUUGGCCAAGCUCAUUGUGAUGGAGAACGGUAAACCUUACGCUGAUGCUUUCGGGGAGGUUGCCUACGCAGCGUCGUUCUUCCAGUGGUUCAGUGAGGAGGCUGCUCACGUCACUGGCGACAUUAUUCCCUCGGCCAAUUCUUCAAACAGAAUCUUGUCGAUUCGCCAGCCAAUUGGUGUGUGUGGUAUCAUCACUCCAUGGAACUUCCCUGCGGCGAUGAUUACAAGGAAAUUGGCUGCUGCCGCUUGUGUGGGAUGUACAACUGUUAUCAAGCCUGCCUCCGAGACACCUUUGACAGCGUUGGCAUUGGCUCAGUUGCUGGAGGAAGCUGGCUUCCCAAAGGGCGUGGUCAAUGUGCUUACGUCCAAGAGCUCCUCACAGGCUGGUAAGACUAUCUGCGAGCACCCUCUAGUCAAGAAGGUGACGUUCACGGGCUCUACUGGGGUGGGUAAAGUGUUGAUGCAGCAGGCAGCGUCCACAUUGAAAAAGUGUUCGUUUGAAUUGGGUGGAAAUGCACCUUUUAUUGUGUUUGAUGAUGUCGACAUCGACAAGGCCAUCCAAGGCGUUCUUGUCUCCAAGUUCAGAAGCAGUGGCCAAACGUGUAUCUGUGCUAAUAGAAUCUUCGUGCAUGAGGCCAUCUACGAUGAAUUUGCCAAACGCUUGGUGUCAAAGUUAAAGGAGACUGUCACUUUGGGCUAUGGCUUGGAUAAGGGCGUUACUCACGGUCCUGUCAUUAACACCAAGUCUUUAGAGAAGGUCCAGCAACAUAUUAAAAACGCCACUGACCAUGGUGCUAAGAUAUUGCACGGUGGUGAAGUCAGACCAGAGUUGGGUGACUACUAUCAUGAACUCACUGUGUUGGGUGAUGUUACCAAAGAGAUGGAGAUCUUCAACGACGAGACCUUUGGUCCUGUGUGCCCAUUGAUCAAGUUCAAGACGGACGAGGAGGUGCUUGAGAUGGCCAACGACACUGAAGUAGGAUUGUCCGGCUACUUCUUCACCAACGACGUGAACCGUGUUUUCAGAAUCGGCGAGGGUUUGGAGGUUGGUAUGAUCGGAAUCAACACGGGUGCCAUUUCUGAAGCCGCUCUUCCUUUUGGCGGCAUCAAGGAAUCUGGCUUCGGUAGAGAAGGUUCCAAAUACGGCAUUGAGGACUACACCAUUAUCAAGUCCAUGGUCAUUGGCGGUGUAAAUUAA